CCUCUCGGGACCGGAGCUCCGGAACAACCGUGGGUCCCGCUCCUCCCCCCAGCAGGGGGAGAAGGGGGGCAAGCGGGUGUUCUCUCAGGCUAUAAAGGGCCUUGGGUCGCCACGGCUGCCCUCAGCGUCCUGCAGCUCCGCCCUCGUCGCUCUCCUCCAGGCUCCAGCGCCCUUUCCAGCUCAGGGUGCACCCGACCCUCUCCGGCCUCUGCUACUCCGGCUGCGGUGGAAGAUGGCGGCCCCGGCCAACAGCUUUGAGGAAGCGCUGGCUGCUGCCUUGGCGGACGUGCCCGAACUAGCCAGACUACUAGAGAUUGACCCGUACUUGAAGCCCUUCGCCCUGGACUUCCAGCGCAGGUAUAAGCGGUUUAGCCAGACUUUGGACGAUAUUGGAGAGAAUGAAGGUGGCAUCGAUGAGUUUUCCAGAGGUUAUGAAUCGUUCGGGGUCCACAGACGUGCUGAUGGCGGUUUGUACUGCAAGGAAUGGGCUCCUGGAGCCGAAGGAGUUUUUCUUACUGGAGACUUCAAUGAUUGGAAUCCAUUUUCAUACCCAUACAAGAAACUGGAUUAUGGAAAAUGGGAGUUGUAUAUACCACCAAAACAGAAUAAAUCUAUACUAAUACCUCAUGGAUCCAAAUUAAAGGUAGUUAUUAAGAGCAAAAGUGGAGAGAUUUUGUAUCGUAUUUCACCGUGGGCGAAGUAUGUGGCUCGUGAAGGUGAUAAUGUGAUUUAUGAUUGGAUACACUGGGAUCCGGAACACACGUAUAAAUUUCAGCAUUCCAGACCAGAGAAGCCAAGAAGUCUACGAAUUUAUGAAUCUCAUGUGGGGAUUUCUUCCUAUGAAGGAAAAGUAGCUUCUUACAAACAUUUUACAUGUAAUGUACUACCAAGAAUCAGAGACCUUGGGUACAACUGCAUUCAAUUGAUGGCGAUCAUGGAACAUGUUUAUUAUGCCAGUUUUGGUUACCAAAUCACAAGCUUCUUUGCUGCUUCAAGUCGUUAUGGAACUCCUGAAGAGCUAAAAGAACUGGUUGACACAGCUCACUCCAUGGGUAUCACUGUCCUCUUAGAUGUGGUACACAGCCAUGCCUCAAAAAAUUCGGAGGAUGGAUUGAAUAUGUUUGAUGGGACGGAUUCUUGUUAUUUUCAUUCUGGACCUAGAGGGAAUCAUGAUCUUUGGGACAGUCGAUUGUUUGCCUACUCUAGCUGGGAAGUUUUAAGAUUCCUUUUGUCGAACAUAAGAUGGUGGUUGGAAGAAUAUGGCUUUGAUGGAUUUCGUUUUGAUGGCGUUACGUCCAUGCUCUAUCACCACCACGGGAUGGGUCAAGGUUUUUCAGGUGAUUAUAAUGAGUAUUUUGGACUGCAAGUAGAUGAAGAUGCCUUGAUUUAUCUCAUGUUGGCAAAUCAUUUGAUUCAUACAUUGUAUCCAGAGUCUAUAACAGUCGCUGAGGAUGUAUCAGGAAUGCCAGCUCUGUGUUCUCCAAUUUCCCAGGGAGGGUGUGGCUUUGACUAUCGAUUAGCCAUGGCAAUUCCAGAUAAAUGGAUUCAGCUACUUAAAGAGUUUAAAGAUGAAGAUUGGAAUAUGGGCAAUAUAGUGCACACACUCACAAACAGACGCUACCUUGAAAAGUGCAUUGCUUAUGCAGAAAGCCACGAUCAGGCACUCGUUGGGGAUAAGACACUGGCAUUUUGGUUGAUGGAUGCUGAAAUGUACACCAACAUGAGUGUUCUGACCCCUCUUACUCCAGUUAUUGAUCGUGGGAUACAGCUUCAUAAAAUGAUUCGACUUAUUACUCAUGCACUUGGUGGAGAAGGCUAUCUCAAUUUCAUGGGUAACGAAUUUGGGCAUCCUGAGUGGUUAGACUUCCCCAGAGAAGGAAAUAACGAGAGUUACCAUUAUGCCAGAAGGCAGUUUCACCUAACUGACGAUGAUCUUCUUCGCUAUAAGUUUCUAAAUAACUUUGACAGGGAUAUGAAUAAAUUGGAAGAAAGAUAUGGUUGGCUUUCAGCUCCACAGGCUUAUGUGAGUGAGAAGCAUGAAGAUAAUAAGGUCAUCGCAUUUGAGAGAGCAGGUCUUCUUUUUAUUUUCAACUUUCAUCCAAGCAAAAGCUACACUGAUUACCGAGUUGGAACGAAGGUGCCAGGAAAAUUCAAGAUUGUGCUAGAUUCAGAUGCACCGGAAUACGGAGGACACCAGAGACUGGACCACAAUACCGAUUUCUUUUCUGAGGCUUUUGGACAUAAUGGGCUUCCCAAUUCUCUGUUGGUGUAUAUUCCAAGCCGAGUGGCCUUCGUCCUUCACAACGUGGAUCUGCCCAACUGAAGAGACCGGAUUUCAGCCCUCCCAGGAAGAGGCGUGUGCUUUGUUUUCCUCUUCUCAUUGUCACAUAGCGUAUGAUGUGCAAGCUUUUCAGAAUGCAGUGUCUAGCCAAAGCGUCAGAUGUCUGAAAUUCGGUAUUGACUUAUGCAAAUUAUUGUCAAACUUUUCUUUAGGAAGUAGGAGAGAAUAUUUCUGAAAUUUCAGGGAUCUUAGACUAUAUUUUCCUGAUAUCUAAGCAGCUAGAAUGUUCAAAUGAAGAUAUAUAUAUAAGCUUUAAACAGAUGAAGUUAUAUAUAUGUAGUCUUUAAACAGAGUUAUUUUCCUGGCCAAUUAAUUGAUGCUUUUAAAUUGAAAUUUGAAUCAUGUGUCAUAUAUGACUAUUUCUGUUGAAUGCAUCCAGUAUUUUUUAAGGUGGGUAGUUGGUGGCUUUAUUUGUUCUAAUACCUCUUAGUCUAACUUGGGAGGUACCAAGAUUGUUACUAUGUUUUUUCAAACUAUCUUCCAAAAUAAUGUAAUAAAUGUGUAACAAUGAUAUAAAAUUAAGAACUGUAUUCAGUAUUAUAGAUAAUAUAAAAGUCAUUAUCUGUGAACUCAUCUGUGCUUCAUUUUGCGUAAGUUCUUUCUACUUUUGUGAUCUCUUGUUCACUUAGUAUCUUGGUAGAUUCUGAUAUCUCAGUCUUUUUCUGAAGGCCCAUAACAUUUCAGAAAAUGUCUUUCCCUUUCAAUAAAUUUUCAAAAAUGA